AUGUCAACACAUCUUUAUAAAAAUGAGGCUCCACGAAUUGGAUUUGAUCUCGACACUCUUGAAAUUGUUCACAUGAGUUAUAUUCACGAACUUGACGAUGACAAAGAAUCGGCAACAGAACGAAUAGGAGAAACACUGAAGGAAGCACGAGAUGCGGACACCAUCGAUAAAAAGAUUGCAUCUCUUUCUACGGCAAUGCAUCUGUUGAUCGGUCCGAACAUUUCGAAUAAUACUCUCGACAACUUUUUAACAGAAAUGCUAGAAUUUGCGGAGCUCAACGAUCAUCGUGUCUUGUGUCUAAUCAUUGAUUUUCUGCUGAAAGCCAGUGCCAAAGACUUCACCAUCUGCAACAAAACAGUCGAGAGAUACAGCUUUUAUCUAACUCCAAACAACUCAAUUUCGCGUUAUGAAAGUGUUAUUAAACGAGUAAUUGUUGCAUCAACAAGUUUAUACCCGAUUAUUCUUGAAUUUGCAAUUAUGGACAAAAACGAUAGAGCGGAAAGUUGUUGGGAGGCAUUCAAUGAAUUGAAAGCUCGAAUUAUCACAUUGGUUGACGAUGUUCAUGAAGGAGUGCGCACAGUCACUGUUAAAUUUUUAGAAGCUCUAAUUUUAUGUCAAUCUCCAAAACCUAAAGAGUUGACUGCCGAUCCGAAAAGCACCUGGGCAAUAGAAGCAAACACACGGUUUCAUAAAAUUUCUCUCACCGAUGUUCCUAGAAGUCACCGAUUUCUCUCUUAUCACAAAGCUCAAUUGGAAGCCGAACAGAACUUCUCUUCUCUCAUCAAACAAACUUCAGUUGCUGGAAUCACUUCUCAAAAUUUGAUUGCAGUCAUUGAAUCGCUAUGUAUGAUCACUCGAUGCCGUCCACAGUGGGAGAAUGCUUUGCCGCGUGUAUUCGAUGUCAUAAAAACUCUUCAUUCGAAUGUUCCACCGAUGCUAAGCACUGGACAGGUCAAAUUUCUCAGAAAAUCGUUCAAAUACAAUUUGCUGCGUUUCUUAAAACUACCAGCAUCCGUUCCACUUCAGCAGAAAAUAACAACAAUGCUAACAAAUUAUCUGGGAGCGUCUCCAAGAGAAGUGAACCAAUCUAUUCCGCAAGAACUGAUUCAGAGAGCAGCUCCACCAAGAGAACCGGCAACGGAACCUGCUGCAAAACGAGCGAAACUGCAGAACCCAAUAUAUGAAGAUGACGAUGACGAUGAUGAGGCAGAAGCAUCAACAAGUACUGGUGCUAAAGAUGCCAGAACGCAAGCCGUCGAUAUCACAUCGAAAUACAUUUUGGAGCGUUUGAAUCAUGAAACAGUGCUGAAUCUAGUGAAGAUCUCAUUAUACACACUCCCAACUGAAAUGCCACCUGCAUUUGCUUCUUCUUACACUCCGAUAGCUAAUGCUGGAUCCGAAUCGAAUCGACAAGAAAUUGCGGAGUUAAUGGCUGCUCAAAUGGUUCACAAAGAGGUUGGACCUGGAUUUGAAUGGUUACAACAGAAGAAGAAAAAAGAAUAUGAAGAAAGAAUAAAAGCAAGGAACGAAGGAAUCGUAAUCGCACAGACUCCACUUCAUGAGCCGAUUCGGGCACCAGUGCCCGUUGUGAAACAACCAGUCCCGGAAACUGCUAAAGCUCCGGUGAUUCAGAAAGCUAAGAAAGCAUUCAAUUUGGUCGAGGAAACUGAAAAAAUUGAUGCGAUGGAAGCGAUGGAAAUGUUCGAAAUGGCCUUUGAAUCAGUGCUUCAAGCAGAGAGAAGAGCUGUUGCAGGAGGAGCAAAAACGAUUUAUCAGAAAUUGGUGGUCAGAUUAGCAACGAGAUUUUGGGAGGAUUGUGCUCCAUACGAGAAUAAAUUAGUCGAAUUUAUUCUUUCCGAUCAUAAAAAGAGAAGCGAUUUGGCACUCCUCUGGCUCUGUGAACUUUAUGCUCAAUAUCAAGGAUAUUCGAAUUGUGCCCUCCGUAUUAAAGAUCUUAUUGCUGAACAAGAUGGAAUGACUCAACCACAACGAUUGGAAAGAUAUGAUUUUGCAAUUUGCAAAAUCUUGGAUGCAAUGUUGAGCAGAAAUAUGCAUAAAGAGACCCUAUUCUACAAAGUACUUCUAGAAACUCCUCUAUUGACUCCGAACGCAAUUGAACGGCUGAAGAAAGUGUGUCUUGAGAAAGAAAAUGAACAUGGAAUGUUUAUGUUACGUGAAUCAAUAAUGGUCAGAAAUCGACAACGUCCACAACUUCUACAAUUUCUUUUCGGUCUUUGUUUCCUCGAUCGUCCAGAACUUCGUUCAUCCUGUCUUGAAGUGGUGAAGGAACUCAGUCAUCUCCCGUUUAUCAGAAGUUCACUCUGUGAUCAAGCGAGAAUGCAAAUAAAUGAUUGUUUGGAGGACAAGCCACCAAUGUACAUGAGAAAACCAGAUGGAGCCACGGAAUGGACAAACGAGAUGUACCGAAAUGCACUGGCAGUUUAUACUACUCUGAUGCCAGCUGAUCCAAUGCUUCUUCUUCCUUUAGCUGCUGUAUAUGCGCAGGCAACCAACCUGUAUAAACGAGCUGUUCUCGGUACUCUGGAACCUGUUUUCCGUCAAUUAAGCCAAGAAAAUGUGAUUGCUCUGAUUCAAGAUUGUCCACAUGGAGCAGAAACUCUUGUUGCUCGUCUCGUUGUUCUUCUCACUGAAAGAAUCACACCAUCAUCCGAAUUGAUUCAAAAGUUGAAAAUUUUACACGAUGAACGAAAAAUGGAUAUUCGCGCUCUUCUGCCAAUUAUCGGAGGACUCGAGAAAGAAGAAGUCAUUGCACUCAUUCCGACAUUUAUCUUCAGACCUGAAUAUCAAAAAUCGGUCACUACGCUAUUCCGGAAGUUGUAUACCGUGCGCGAUCAUCAAACUGGAGAACUUGUUUUCGAUCCUAUUGAAAUUAUCAAAGAGUAUCACAAGAUCGAGCCAAAAGAUGACAAUGAAGCGGAGUUGCUUGUGAACAAUUUAGAAUUCCUUUUCGACCCAGCACUUCUGAAACCAGACAUAGCAUCAGGAGGAAUUGAAGCUGUCUUCAAAUGGGAAAAAGUGCCUUUCCUGUUUCUCCAUUCUCUUUAUACGCUUUAUCAUAAAUUCAAAACAUUCGAAUCAUUCGUCGCCAAUCUGUUUUUCAAAGUGACAGAGAAGAAGAUGUACCAACAGUCGAUCCGAUGGAAACAGGCAUUCUUCAAAUGUGUGCGAGAGCUGAAAUCGAAAGCUUACCCGGCUGUUCUCACACUGAUCAGUUUUGAAGAAUACGAAGAGUUGAAGGAGGAACUUGGAGCUGAAGUAGUCGUCGACUUCAAAGCGAUCUACUCUACACUCUCCACAUUGCAACAAAAGAACAUGGAUGAAAAAAUCAAAGAAGAGCUAUACGAUAAGGAGCGCGAAAACCGUGAGCGUGAUCGACGACUACGACGAGAAGAGCGGAAGGAAAAGGAAAAAGAACGAAGCUCAAGACGAUGA